AUGGAUUUGGCCACACCUCAAACUCAUCGACAAGGCGUCGCACUUGCGGUCUUCGGGGCGCACGAGUCCUUAGAUGGUGGUCUACGUCCAGGAGCAAAGCUCUCUCCUUGCCACAAUGGUGCCCGACCCUCUCUCAAGGGCGGUAACGAUUAG